CUUGACUCCAGUUGUUUAGGCUUUCUUUAGCUCCGUCCUCUCUCUCCUCACACACUCGAUCCAACGCGUGAGCAGUGAGAGAUCACCAUACCGCCCACAUUCUCAUUCGCGGCUCAGUUUCAGAGAGGGCAGUCAGACCACCACACUUGCAGGAGACCAAAUACUAUAUUAUAACACUAGGCUACGACGCGCGAACGAACUCUCCUGCAUAUUAAGUUCAAAUGGCGGCAGUUACACAAAAAUUAUUGAUACUAGAAGAAACACUCUAAUCGACCAAAUCCAAUUACAGAGAAUUGGAACUGAGAGGGAGCUUGGGAGUCUGGAGUCCAUCAGUUCCACUAUAAUGGAUACGCACGGAAACCAAAACGUGAGGUGACUCUCGGAAUGAACUACACAAACUUGCAAGGACAAGUGGCCAACGUCAAACCUCAUUAUCAGCCCAGCGCGCAAUCCUUGCGGCUCAUCAUUCUGCUGAUCCUAGUCAUGGGGGUGGCCCCAUCCCCAGCUCUAACAGCGGGAUGCCCGUCACGAUGCAUAUGCGAUGACCAGCUCGUGGUCCAGUGCGCCGGGCAGCACCUCACCGCCUUCCCCACUGACCUGCCGCUGGCCACUCGGCAGCUCAUCAUCUCCAACAAUCGCAUCGUGGAGCUGCCGCCGUUGCAGCUCAACUACCUGUCGGACUUGGUGUACUUGGACUGUAGCAACAAUUCCCUGACGGAGAUUUCUAUGUCCACAUUCGGGAACCUGGGGAAGCUUGCUUACCUGGACUUGUCCUUCAACACCUUAACGCGGAUAGAGGACAGGACGUUCGGGUCGCUUUCCAGCCUCGUGAUGCUGAGAAUGACGGACAACCCCGGCCUGUCGAAUAUUCACCCGGACGCUUUCGCAAAGAACUCGGCGCUGCAGGUGCUGGACGUGAGCCGGAACAACCUGACGGUGCUCAACAUCAGUUCUCUCAUCGCGCUGCCCACCCUGCGCUCGGUCGGCCUCAGCGGGAAUUUCUGGAGCUGCGACUGCGAUAACGAGGACCUCUGUCUCUGGGUUCACAUCGAGGCAUUCAAGUUUCAAGAUGAGGGCCAGACGGUGUGCCGUGGUCCUCCUGACCUGCAGGGGCAGCGUCUGGGUGAGCUGGGGCUGCAGCUGCGGUCGCGGUGCCACCAGGGCCUGGGUUCCUGGGACUACCUGUUCUUCCUCGCCAUCGGCUUCGUUAUCUUUGCGGCAGGAACGGUGUCGGCGUGGGCAAUCGGCGUGGUCAUGGUACUGUACGAACGCUAUGUCAAGAAGAAGAGCGAGCAGAUGGACCCCGAUGACGAGAUUGAGCAGGACGCAGGACCUGGCACGGGGGGCGGAGGGGGUCACCAUGCCAACCUACCAGGUAAUGGGGAUUUGAAAAACACUGGUCACAUGGUGGUAUGACUCCACCCUGUCCCACAGCCUCCCUACCGACUGUGCCUCGGAACCUACAGAACUACAAAACCUUUGAUGUCAUAAAAUGGCAGAGGUUAAGAAGAAACUACAAAGCAGAGAACACUGGGAUUAAUAAAAUACAGAAGAGAGACAACGCAGAAAUGUGCCUGAUUUUCAUGGUGAUUGAGAGUUAAAUGGUUAUAGUUUCUUAAAGUCCCAGUGCACAGUUUUGUAUCAUAUUGUACAACAGCUGAUGAACCUAACUUUGUAAAAGUGUGACAAAAUGUGAUCAGUGUUAUUUACUGAUGGUUGAAAAUACAAUCUAAACAGGACCUUUAAAAUCAGCAGGUUUUGCAUGGAUGGAGUUUUGGCUUGCUUGGUGACAUCACCAGGUGGUUAAGUUAUAGACCAAUAACAAAGUGACUUCCAAACCUCUCUGACAAUAGCAGCUAGUUCAGGUUACAUGUCUCUCCCAUUAGGUUCUGCCAAUUAGGCCCCUCAAUCAGACCACUCCCAGACAGUUAUGGCAAAAUUCUUGCUUGAGAAAUAGUAUUUUGACCAUUUUAAUGGAAUACUAUUACAGUAAGGUACUUAACUGUUACCCAGAAAUGAUUUAAUAUUGAGAUAAAAACAGCUGCAUUGGGCCUUUAAUAUACUAUAAUAAUAGGAUUCAAUUCUCUGGUCCUGUGUGUGUGUGCUCACUUUGGUAGCCUGUGUGUGUGUGUAUUGGGAGUUUGACUCCCCUCUACUAUUAGCCAAGAGAUCCUCUCUAAGUAGAGCCCUGUCUGCUGAGGGACUUGGCUUCUACCCAGCUGGCUGUUGGAGCUAUUCUGGCCGGCCUCUCAGUGGGGCCAGGUAAACACAGGACAUGAUAAUUGAUUUCCAGCCUUCCUGCUGUCCAUGUUUAGUAGGAUGCAGAGUCCCGUCCACCCCACCUGUCUCUUCAUGCACUGACUGCACCAAAAACCUUACAGUACCUACUGAAUUAUAGAACUAUUCUACAGCAAUAACACAAAACACUUCUACUGUGAAGCGUAAUGAUUAUUAUGAAGCACAGUACUAGUCCUACUCUGGGACAGUUGCUUUCAUCUGACCCAACCCCUUUAGAAUACUACUGACCAUCCAUCAUUCUAUAUCCCACGACGUUAGCACUGGCUUCUUUUAAAGCUAAAUGCUACUCAGAUCAGGUGGAUCAACACUCACUGUCCUGUUGGUCCUCCGGCUGCACUAUGACGUUAAUCCUGACUCGAAUGCUAUAAACUUAGUAGAGGUGAGUCUCUCCAUUCAUCCCAACAACAGCAGCUGCUCUAAGGAGAGGCUUGUGGCAGGAUUACAGUGGCUCUGAGGGGCUGUAAGAGUACAUAUCCAUUA